UGUGCCCGGCGCGCGCUCUCCGCCGGCUCCGGCUGCUGCGCCGGCUGCAUCAAUAAUUCAGAGCGGCGGCGACGGCGGCAGCGGCGGGUGCGAGGAGGAGGCGGCGGAAGCAGCGGGGACCGAGCGGCAGCGGCUAUGCAUCCAAGUACGGCUGGGCAGCCGCGGCACCCCUGAGGCCCGGGCGGGGCUCCGGGAGCAUCGCGCGGGGGGCACGCUUGCCUGGGAGUGCAAGGAAGAGCAGUAGUGUCCGGAGCGGCGUCUGCGAAGCUUCGAACGGAGCCGAGGAGGGGGCUUCGGAGUGGGGCUGGGGCUGGGGCGGGGGGGCGGCUGGCGCAAGCAGCCCCCGGGGUGGGGGGCGGGGUGGGCGCCGGCGUCGCGAUGCUGGGCGUCGUGGAGCUGCUGCUGCUGGGGGCGGCGUGGCUGGCGGGCCCGGCCCGCGGGCAGAAUGAGACGGAGCCCAUCGUGCUGGAAGGCAAGUGCCUGGUGGUGUGCGACUCCAACCCCACGUCCGAUCCCACGGGCACAGCUCUGGGCAUCUCUGUACGCUCUGGCAGCGCCAAGGUGGCUUUCUCUGCCAUCAGAAGCACCAACCACGAGCCGUCCGAGAUGAGUAAUCGCACUAUGAUCAUCUACUUUGACCAGGUACUAGUGAACAUCGGGAACAACUUUGAUUCAGAACGCAGCACUUUCAUCGCCCCGCGCAAAGGGAUCUACAGUUUUAACUUCCACGUGGUUAAAGUCUACAACAGACAGACCAUUCAGGUGAGCCUCAUGUUAAACGGGUGGCCAGUGAUUUCAGCCUUUGCUGGUGACCAGGACGUGACCCGGGAGGCCGCCAGCAAUGGAGUUCUAAUCCAGAUGGAGAAAGGCGACCGAGCAUACCUCAAGCUGGAGCGGGGGAACUUGAUGGGGGGCUGGAAGUACUCGACCUUCUCCGGAUUCCUGGUGUUUCCCCUCUGACUGGCUCAUCGCCACCGGAAUGGAGGCAGGGAGAGGGCGAAGGCAGGAGGAAGGCAGGAGGGGGAAUGAGAAAGAGGCUGAAAUAUAGAGGAUGAGAAAGCGGCACGACUUGAAACUUCCUACAUGUUACCCAGCUGUAUCCGGGAAAAAGGUGCGCGCGGGUGGUCGGACUACUCUGUCCGUUUCCUCAUUAGGAGAAGUAAAUUCCGCUUAGCUCUGCGCACUCCCAUUUCCAAAAAUAAACUCGUCUCCCCCAUUCCGGUUGAAGUAAUCAAGAGAGAGAGACUGCCUUGUCAUUGUUUCUACCCCCAUGUUCCUAUUCUCUACAAUUUAUACAAACGAAACUUUGUAUUUCACUGUAUAAUGUGAAAUAUCUUCCUCCUCAGACCCCUCUGAAUCUUUCCACCUGCUGAAAUCUAAUAUGCCUCUCCCCUCUUUUUAGUUUGGAGAGGGAAUAAGAUUUUUGUUUUGUUUUGUUUUGAAUGGGGGAGGUAGUUUUAAUUUGGCAAGUAUUGCUCUUAAAACACCGCUCAAGAUUUAAUUAGCUGAAGAUACUUUGUGUCCUCCGCUGCUUGUUAGCAGAGAAGGGACUCACUUUAGGGGUGACUGGUUCAAAAAUAUAUAUAAAUAUAUAUCAUUUGUAUUCAAAGAACUCUUCCCAGUGGAAACUGGCUGUAUUUCCGUAUUUCUAUGUCCUAUUCGGAGUGAUCGUGAAAUCUAAGGCUGCUUGAUGUCUUGAUGCUUGUCAAUGCCCUCGUGUUCUGUGGCUCCAGUAAAUGCCAGGAGGUUCUUCCGGACGCUUCCCUGUCCUCUGUAACAUACGUGUGAAUAGCCGAGAUUUAAUUUUGCUUUAACCCAAUAAGGUUGAAGUGGGACUUUUAUUUUUCUGGAACAGCUUUCUAAACUCCGCAUCUUUCCCAGCUGCGAGGUUUGGGGGCGGGCUGUGGAAGGGCGAGGCUCAGAGGCGCGGGAAGUCGACUUGGUGAAAACGCAACCCUUGGUGAGAACGCAGCCCGAGAAAGGCCGGGGCUCGAGCGCAACCUUGCGAAGCCGGCCUGCGCUCCUUUUUGCGCCAGGUCUAGAGCCAGCCCCGCAUUCGCCUGUGCUCCCUGCUUUGGCCGAAAUCUUGUUAGGCCCGGCGCCACUACCGGCCUGGAAGCGAAGUUUGGAUUUUCCAAAGUCCAAAUGCAUCAGGAAGAAUCCCAAUUGGAGGAGCCGGCACGACUCCCACGCCUCUGCCCCUGGAUUUCCCCACCGUCCGCCCCACAGUUCCCGAAGCAGCGAAUGUUUUAUACCACCGCCUCUGAAUCCCGCGUCCGCCCGCCGUAUUACCCGGGCGCCCAGGACCUGUGAUUGCGCUCAAUGCAGGACUUUCACUCAAGAGGUUCGUCCAGGAGUUUUGAUUGUAUCGGAACAUAAUGUGAAAGCAAAACUGAAAUAAACGACUUCGUUUUAA